AUGGCAGGUACCAAGCGUAAAGCUGACGCGUCUCGCAGCUCCAGCUCAGUAAUCACUGAAGGUAUGAACUUCACUUUGCCAGCGAGAUCGCCAAAGCCUGCCACUAAAUACUGUCUAGACUACUCGACUCAGCCUCCUGCUAGCACAACAGCACAGGGCAGAGGCACUCGCAGCAGUCGAAGUCGUGCUGCUGCUGCUGCUGCCUCGGCUCCUAGUCUGACUGAGAACAAUCCUGUUUCUUCAUCGAAAGCUUCUGCCUCGGGCUCAAAAGAGAAAACUGCAACUGAGACCGCAAACAAAGGUCCCAAAGAGCCCCAUGCAAAGCGUCAGAAGCUUUCACCCAAUUUGGUAGAGGCCCCAAAGCCUUCUAGAUACUCUACAAGGCUCAAGGCUCGGGCAAACUCCCCUCUGUCGCAGGAACUUCCUCCUCAACUGUCGCCUAGGCAGUCACCUCUUGGGUCCGCAGCCGUCUCGACCACUCAAAAUGUCAAUGAUUUAACUGUAAAACAAGACGAUGUAGCCACUCAUGUGCCUGAGCUCACUUUGACCAGCUCUGAUUCCCAGCAAACAUCAGUCGAGAGCCUUACUGGCCCUGAUGCAGAAAGUCAACCUCAAACAAAGUCAGAACCAGCAUCUUCCUUGAACGCAGGCUUGCGUAGCCGUAAGCAAAAGCUUCAAGACUCUCCGACGGGGAACACGUCUGAAGACAAUUCCACGGAAGUUUCUCCAAAGAAAUUGAAACUUGGAGAAAAAGGACAAAACCAAGAAGAAGCGCAUUUAGGCUCUUCCAAUACUCAUUCGGCGACUGGCAGUGAGGAGGCUCAAGAUGCCCAAAGCUCUGAGGUCGCCAGCGAGACAGUCAAUUCUCCUUUGGACCAAGACAAAGAGUCGGCAGCAUCCCAGAGCAUUGAAGAAGUUGACAAUACAAGCUCGGUUCAAAAUGAAAAUGUCAGCAGCUCAGGUACCAGAGGCAAUGGUAACCGUGGUCGUGGUAGCACACGCGGUCGUAGCACUCGAGGAAGAGGUCGAGGUGCAUUGGCUCGCGGUUCUGUCCGUGGCAAAGGCAGAGGAGGUGGACGUGGAGGAUUGAAGGGAGGUAAACGCAACGAAGACGAUUCGGAUAUAGAGAUUGAACGCGAGCGCUCGCUUUCUCCAAGUCCAGCCACUCAAAAACUAAAUGAGAGGCAGAAAGAGUUGAGGCAGAGUUGGAAGCGGCUUGCAGCUACGCAGAAACUCAUGCUUACUGCCCUAGCUGGUCGCACUCAGCAGCGGCUUGCCCGCGACAAGAAUGCUCACCGCAAGGCACCUGAGUAUGAAGAGGUGCAGGCGGCACUUGAGGAAGCGUUACGCAGAAGGGAACAAAUAUUGGAGAAUGAAUACCGGCUCCGUGUCGAACAGGCAGAUCGUUUACUGGAGGCUCAAAUAAAGAUUAUUAACGAACGCUAUGCAGCCAAUUAUGCAAAUAUUCGAGAGGAGCAUUUUUAUGCUGCGAGAGGUGAAUACAUGAGAAUGGUGGAAGGAGUUCAGCACGCCGAGGACGAUGAGCACACAGAGAUAUUGACUCGCAAGCAGCCUGACGUCGACGGCACCGUAGAAGCACCAGUCGAUGUCGCCAAAGAAGAAUCAGUUGAAGCAGUCGAAGUCCCCAAAGAAGUGCCAGCCGAAGUCGUCGCCCAGGCGGAGGAACAUAUCAACUACGAACCUCUAUAUCUCGGUGAGCCUCGGUUUCAGAGGGGUUACAACUCCAAAGCCGUUCGAGAAAUCUCAGGUUCUGCAGCGUAUGAGCUGGGUAAGCACAGCUGGGACGAUUUCAUGCAGCGGGCCAAGAUGAAGGAAAUCAGCCAGGAAGAAUCAGACCCCCUGCAGAUGCUGCUUCAAGCUUCCGCGGAAGCCUUUGAGGGCGAAGAUGGACCCUUGUCGUCCGCCGCUACAGCACCCUCUCAGGCUUUGUCCGCGCUGGCCGAUGCGGCAAGCAACGCACGUCCUGCUGCUGCUGCUGCUUCUUUCAGGGUACCAAUGCCUAUGCCGCCAGCAGAACAACCGCCAUCUUUCCUACUGCCGCGGCCAUCAGUAUCCAGACCUGUUCUCUCUGGAUCCCAUGGUCUUCCAAAUGUGUUUACAACGGGCGGAGGGUUACCUCAGCUGCCACCACCACCAGGCGUUGCAUUUACUCGUCCGGGGCCACUGUCUGGAUUCCUGCCAGGUCAACACCAACAAACCCCCCUUCAACAAUAUCAAGCUCCUCCGCCUCCGCCUCCGCCUCCCCCUGCAGCUUCAUCUUCAGCUAGCAUUCCUGCACCCUACUAUUUUCCAGGUCCUCCGCACACUCACACUCACUCGUACGCGCACGCGCACGCGCAUCAACACCAACCUCCUCCGCCACAGACACAGCCGUCUGGCACACCUCAUCGGCGGUAUUAG